AUGAUAUUAAUCAGCAGAUAUCAAUUGUUUUACGCCUUCCUGUUGACUUUAGUUACCGGUACUGCUACUUCAGUAUUGUAUGACUCAUAUUCCGGCAAGAUUAUUACACCGGAACAAUAUAAAGGCCACGAAAAAGACAACACAACUUUUUGGUGCACCAAUAAAAUUCAGCCUUGCAAUCCUACGGAAGGAAGACGUAUUGAUGGCUCCUGCAAUAACUUAAAGCAUCCCACCCGAGGAGCGUCUCAUACUCCAGCAUACCACGUCCUGCCAGUCGUGUUUGAAGGAUAUGAUAACCCAAGGAAGAGUAUCCGCGGAGAUGACCUACCCCUAAGUAGAAAAGUUCGCACAACCCUGCUGCUGGAAGGUCGUGUACCAGAUCACCAAAUCACUCAUCUUGUCACCUACUUCUGGGUUUUCAUGUCUGCUGAUGUCCUGUCUUUUCAUGACUCGAUCAACUAUCUUACGUGGAAAACACACUGUUGCGAGGAGCGGGGAAAGACGGAUCCAGCGUGUAUAAGUAUAACGAUACCAGACGACGAUCCCGUACAUCGGUUUACCAGCGAGGGAUGUUUAGCCUUAACCCGUCCGUUUACUUUUCAAUCGAGUGGCUGCACUGGCUCAAAUCACCCACCGGAAAGGAUUGUAAUAUCCACUCCAACGUUCGACUUGUCACAACUCUACGGUGAUACCCAUGAGAUUUUGUUGAAAAAACAGUCUUUUAAAGGCGGCUUACUGAAGCACGAAACUGUUGAUGGUAGAGUUUGGCCACCUUCGUUUAAUAGCUCCGAGAGAUUCCGAGUGUGCGUUUUAAAUCAACCACCGAAAGAAACGAGGUGUCAUGAUAUAGGCGAAGAAAGUAACAACGGCAUUUUAGGGACGAACCUGUUCACAAUUUGGAUGUGGCGGCAUCACAACCACCUCGCUACAAAGCUGGCCGCUAUCAACCCUUGCUGGGAUGACGAAAGGCUGUUCUACGCUGCCAGGGAGGUCAACAUUGCGACAGCUAUGCAGAUAUUUUUCUAUGAACUUCAUCCAACAAUCCUAGGUAAAGAAAACCUUAUCCAGGAGGGCGUUCUGUCUGCAACUUCAGGUUUUAGAGACAUCUAUAAUGAAGAUGUUUUACCUCAAGUGUCUUUAGAAUAUGGGUUCUCUCUGCGCUGGACUCACACUAUCCAAGAAGGAAUAGCAAAAAUGUACGACGCGAAUGGCAACUACUUGCAAAGCAUGCGGAUAGCCAACCUGACUACGCGGACGGGAUACCUCGCGGUGGAUGACCACCUGGACCAGCUCACGCAGGGUGCAUUCAGACAAGCUGCUGGGAACAUCGACAGCGCCGUGGAUCCAGAUAUGGCAGAAUCCGGACUGGGUCCACUACUGCGGCUAACGGACCUGCCUGCCAGUGAUUUACAAAAAAAUAGAUACCUCGGAAUCGCACCGUACGUUCAAUAUAGAAAGUUUUGUUUUGGAGAAGUUAUAAACACAUUUGACGAAUUGGUGCAUGCUAUCGAUUCAGAGAAAAUAGAGCUGCUAAAAGAGUUAUACUCUGAUGUGAAAGACAUAGAUCUGAUGGCAGGGAUUUGGGUGGAGAGAGCGAUUUCAGAUGGUCGCGCGCCUGCUACUUUUUACUGCUUGAUGGUGGACCAGCUACUACGAACGAUAGUCAGCGACAGGCAUUGGUACGAGCGGCCCAACCGGCCGAACGCUUUCACUAUCGAUCAGUUACAAGAAAUAAGGAAUGCCAGUAUAGCACGACUUAUGUGUGACGUUGGGGAUAAGGUGACCAAAAUACAGCCAAGAGCCUUUUUGAUACCAGGACCUGGAAACGAAAUAGUAAGCUGCGCCAAAAUUCCGAGAAUCAAUUUGGAAGCGUGGACAGAUGACCAAUGUAUAUUUCCGCACGUGCCUACUUAA